AUGGGUGCUAAACUUGAUGCUUUUGGAAUCAGUCUAACAUUAUUUACAUCAGCAUUACUUAUUGGUGCAGCUAUCAAAACAAGAUUAGCAGACUAUUUAACGACUAUUGUAAUACUGCUUAUAAUCACUGCCAUUUUAAUUGCUGUAGCGAGUAUUGUAAUCACAAUUUUUAAACACGCGUCAGCAGCGAUCAUAUUCUACAUAAUUACAGAUAUAUUGCUAUUUGUUAUAACAAUAUUUAUCAGUCAAAUAACAGUUGGCAAAUUACAAUUACGUAUCUUUUGUACAGAAUAUACUUUGGCUGCAUUAUUAUUAUAUAAUAUGUUUUCAACUACAUAUUUAACCACUACUGGUAUGAUUUGUAACAUAACCAGUACUUGUAAUAGUUCAAAUGCAUCCAUUUAUCCAUUCAACAAUUUACCGGGUUAUAUAAUUUGA